AUGCCGGUCGCGCAGUGCGUUGACGUCGUUCUUCAUCCGUGGAAGACUGCUAAGAGGGCAUGGGCAGAUAAUGUCAGCGACCGCGAAAAUGCUUUGAACCGCCGGCUUUGGCUCACACGACUGAGUGCUGCGAAGAAUUACGAGGAAUACGCCGAAGCAUGUCGGGAACUGGAUAAGAUGGAUCCUCUGGUUGUGGCUUGGAAGAAGGAUCCAGCAUCCCCGUACUACAACCACCUCCUGCUUCAACGACUCAUCGGAACCAUGCGACGCAUGCGCGAAGAACCGGAAACGACGACCUCAAGACAGAUGUUGUGGUUCGUGCGCUCAGUUCUACGACGAGACGUCGGUGGAAUCUUACAUCCAGGACUAUACCGACAUACAAGAAUCGGCACAAAGGACUUGAUCAUGGAGUUCAAUGACGAGGCGAUAAAGUUCCUGGAGACUUUGGCAGGUGGGAUACGGUCGGAACCGAACCCGUCGUUGGAUGACCUGAUCUAUUUGGAGCGGGAGUUGACUGGGCUAAGGAGUGCGUAUGGUCAAACGGCGUUGUUGUUGUCUGGAGGUGCGAAUAUGGGCAUGACACAUAUCGGAGUUCUGAAGACGUUGUUCGAGGCCAAGUUGUUGCCAAGGGUUAUCUCUGGGUCGAGUGCGGGGUCGAUCGUGGCUUCAGCUUUGUGUGUCAGGAUCGAUGAGGAGAUCCCGGAUUUCCUGAAUGCAUUCAGCAAGUUAUUCAACCUCGACGUAUUCGGCACCGAGAACUGGUUGGGACGGUUAUGGAAUCUAUGGAAAAAAGGUGCACUGCUGGACAUCACCAACCUCCGCCUCACGAUGCGCGAUCUUAUCGGCGAGAUGACAUUUUCCGAAGCAUACAACCGCACACGACGAGUCUUGAACGUAACUGUCUCGUCAGGUGGUAUCUACGAGAUGCCCAGAUUGCUGAACUACAUCACCGCACCUAAUGUCCUCAUCUGGUCCGCUGUCUGCGCAUCCUGCUCUCUACCGUUCGUAUACCAACCCUCACAACUCCUAACACGCGACCCCGGAAACGGUACCGAAGUCCCCUGGGAUCCGAAAUCCGCACCCGUCAUCGAUGGAAGUGUCGAAGGAGAUUUGCCGCAUCUCCGACUCAGUGAGUUGUUCAAUGUAAACCAUUUCGUGGUGUCACAGGUUAAUCCUCACGUCUUUCCUUUCCUUGCCUGGCAGCAACUCGGGUCACACGAGCCAUUGGACACGGAUGCUGUGCCUGAUCUUGAUAUGCUCGAGGAACGACCCACCAUGAUCCAGAAAGCCUGGGAAAUGUGGAUGGGGGAAAUGGAGCACGCGUGUCGUAUGAUUGGUGAAGUCGGCGUUGGGCGGAUGGUUACCUCCAAGGCCGCAAGUGUGUUGAGUCAGAGGUAUUCGGGCGAUAUUACGAUUUUGCCGGAUAUGACUCUGAACGACGUACCGAAUCUCUUGGAGAACCCUACGCCGGAGUUCUUGGAUGAAGCGACGAGGAGAGGGGAACGUGCGACAUGGCCCGUCGUCGAACGAAUCCGGAUGGGGAUGAAAGUCGAGGAUGCGGUUGAUCGUGCAGUUGCGGAAGCCCGAGCAAGGGUGAUCGAUGCCAAGUGGGCGCCGAUCGUCGGACCGAUGCAGGAGGAGGUGUUGAAUGUCCGCAGAGAGGAAGAUGAUGGGAAUGGAGGUAAGAUUAGAAGGCGUGUUCACCUGAGACGACGGAGUCAUGACGCGUGGAGGAGUGCCCCGUUGAGGAUGACUGCGCUGGUGAACGGCAACGUCAAAGCGAGUAAUGUGCUUCCGUUCCAUAACCUAGCGCUUAGGGGUUUGAGGCCGGAAUUGGAGAGGACGUGGUCGAGCCCGCCGUUGAGAGGGAUCGUGGACGCUGCGGAGAAUGACAAGAAGGCUGGGAAGAAGGAGAGGCCUGCUGUCGACCGCGCGUCGAGUCUACCUGGGGUUACAAGUCCGGGGAAUCUGCGGAGCCCAAGUAGUGGGAGUGAGGCUGAUUUUGAGGUGGAGAGACCUGGCAUUGGUAGGAGGUUGAGUAGUCCUGAGACUGCGUCAUUGGAUGUUGAUCAAGACUGGCACAAAUUGGCAGUGAAGGAGAAGGAGAGAGCGAGGGGACUGGGAGUAAGGUUUCAGAUUGGGAGUGGGAUGUCCAGUGAAGUCACCAGUCCGUUUUCUUUGUCGGAGAGCGUGAGCGUCGCGGAAGAGAGGCGGCGACGCACCCUGCCGAGCCUUGACCUUGGUUCCGUAAAUAGCUCUUUGCUCGAUGAGGCGUCGAGCACGCUUGCGGAAGCACUUAUUGCGCCGCUGCCGAGCAGUUACCAGCCUACGCCCACGCUGGAGAUGUUUCUACGUCGCCACGAAUCUGAAGCCGAGGCUGUGGCUCUUGCAGCAGCUACACGAGCCGCCGAGGCAGCUGCAGCUGCAGUGAGUACGAGUCCGGACAUGGACAUGGACAGCGAUGAUGGCGGGAAAGUUACUGAGAUGACGAGUCCGAACAUCUCUCCUCCGCCCAUUGGGUAUGUCGACCCUGUGAUUCUCGAGUUGACAGGCAAUGAGCCGUUGUGCAUGGAUGCGGAUUCUUUCCCGUUUCCGGAUUUGCGGAGGUUAAGUGCGUCAUCGUCAGAUUCUAAGGAGGAUGAAGAUAAAGAAGAGGAGGAGCGGAAGAAGAAAGAGGAGGCCGAGAAGAAGAAGAUGGAGGAGGCCGAGAAGGCUAAGGUGAAGAAGAGGACAGUGGGGCAAACCGGAUGGUGGGCAGAAGAAGGAGACUUGUUCCCUCCGGUCAAGAAGGACAAUGAUUUUGAUGGACUUUUGUAA